AUGACAAUACCGACUGCUACUGCUUCUGCUUUUGCUCCUAUUGCUGAUACUGGUACUGGUGCGUUGGUACUGGUACUGAAGGAAAAGGAGAAAUUUUUCGUGGAUGCAGUUGCUGGACCAUCGACCUGCAAAUGUUUCAAAUGGUAUACCAUAGAAGAAUCAAAAUCAUAUCCCAUAGACGAUAAUAAAAAUAAUUUAGAAGUAAUAGAUUUAUCAAUUCGUGAUUGUAAUCUUCAAUCGGUAACCAAAGUUAAAGUUAAAGAAAGUGAUAUUGUUGAGGAACAGAAAGAAAGUUUGGAUAAAAACGUUGACGAAUCAACGACGACGUAUCAUCAAUCAUCGAUAGAUCCUGCUGACAAAUUGAAAGACACGUUUCUUUAUAAAAUCAUGACAGAUCCGACCUUUUUAGAAAAUAUACAAAAAAAUAAGAAACAACAGCAACAACAAUUGCAACCGAAAAAACCAAUUUGUCCAUUUUGUCAUGAGGAAUUUUCCAAUUAUUUAAUUUUGAGCGAACACAUGGAUGGUAAGAUUAAUUCAGAAACAACAACUACUACUACUACUACUACUACAGAAAUAACGUGUUGCGCAUGUAAAAGAAUAUUUUCACGUAAGAAGUAUUUGCGUCAUCAUCAAAAAUCACAUUUGGAAAAGAACAAAUUUACGUGCGACAUUUGUACGAAAAAAUACACUAGAAUGGACAAUCUAACGCGUCAUAAUACGUUUCACGUGAAUCCUGAUAAGUUUCCAUGCACGUCAUGUGAAAAGACAUUUGCCAGAAAGGAUCUUCUUAACAAACAUUUGAAGUGUCACGAAAACAAAUUACGUUUUUAUUGCGAGGAUUGUGACAAAUAUUUCAAAGGUCAAGUUACUUUGGAUAAUCAUAAAAAGUUUCAUCACGCUGAUUAA